GACGCCAGCGCCGCCGCUGUCGCCGAGGUCGCCCGAGCCUUUUCCCAAUAGCCUGGCUGAUAGCUGAUGUUCACACGGACUGUCUUCAGCCAUGGCCUUGGGUUUAAGGUGCUUCCGCUUGGUCCAUCCUGCCUUUCGCAAUUCUCUUGCGGCCUUGACCAGACCUGUUUCGGAAGUUAUGCUGAAGACAGUGAGUGGAAGACAAUAUGAUCACGGGCAAUAUGUGGCCUGUGCAGCUAUACCAACCCGUCAUUUUGCUACCAAGAAAGCCAAAGCCAAAGGAAAAGGACAGUCCCAAACCAGAGUGAACCUUAACACUGCCUUGGUGGAGGAUAUAAUCAGCUUGGAAGAGGUGGAAGAAGAAAUGAAGUCUGUGAUGGAAGCACUCAAGGAUAAUUUCAAUAAGACUGUCAAUAUAAGGACCUCACCAGGAUCCCUUGAUCAUAUCACUGUGGUAACUGCAGAUGGGAAGCUUGCUUUAAACCAGAUUGGCCAGAUUUCCAUGAAGUCGCCACAGCUGAUCUUGGUGAAUAUGGCCAGCUUCCCAGAGUGUACAGCUGCAGCUAUCAAGGCUAUAAGAGAAAGUGGAAUGAAUCUGAACCCAGAAGUGGAAGGGACGCUAAUUCGGGUACCCAUUCCCAAAGUAACCAGGGAGCACAGGGAAAUGCUGGCAAAACUUGCCAAACAGAACACCAACAAGGCCAAAGACUCUUUACGGAAGGUUCGUACCAACGCAAUGAAUAAGCUGAAGAAAUCAAAGGACAAGACCUCAGAGGACACCAUUCGACUCAUAGAAAAGCAGAUCAGCCAAAUGGCCGAUGACACCGUUGCAGAGCUGGACAAGCAUCUGGCAGUGAAGACCAAAGAACUCCUUGGGUGAAAGUCCACGGGGCCAGUUUCUAGUGACCCACCUGGUGGCAGAUUGGCAUCUCUGUACCCCGUCCACACGGAAGGCCGACACCCUGUGCUCAUCAGUGCUUGUGAGGCCCAGCCUUCCAGAGGGACACCCAGACUUGUUCAGUCUCUCCCUCCGGCCCCGUCGCCCCGUUCUGCUCUGGGCAUGGGUGGACCUUUGGAGAAUGUCUGCUGCUGCCUAGCGACCAGGGCCACCGGCAGGCUGACCACUGACUAGUCCUCAUCUCAGAGCCUCCUUCCCAAAUAAUUAGCCCGGCCCUGUCCCCAAAUUUCAACUGUGCUUGGGCUGAUGUGGGCCUUCACUUGUGACUGGAUACUUUUGCUAGAGGCCUAUUUUCACCAAGCAAUAAAAUCAAAUUAAAUUGGAAGAAUA